AUGGAGAAAAGGUUGGCCGAUUAUCGGGCGAAGAAAGCCCGCGAGGCAAAAUUAGACGAAAUGAAAGCCAAAACGAAGACUUUCUUCACGGGUUUGUGGCGGAGCCGCCAAAAAGCAAGCCCUGAAGAGGAGGCGCUGGCGCCCCCCGAAGAAGUCGAGGAUGUGGCCGAGUUGGUUGAGGACGCCUCCAGUGUGUGCAGUGACGACGAAAACGUUAGGUGUUGUUCGGUGGUCGAUUUGUUGUAUUACUUGUUGUGGGUGGUUUUAUGGGCGAUUUUGUACUGGAUUUUUAUAGAGUUGCAGUUCGGUACUGUUUUUCUUAUUUCGUCGGGGAUCGUGUUUAUGUUUGUGAAUACCAGAACUAGUCCAAAACGGACAGGAGAGGUCAGUGCUUACUCUGUAUUUAAUAAAAACUGUGAGAGUAUCGAUGGUACGUUGAAAGCGGAGCAGUUUGAGAGGGAAAUACGGUAUGGGCAUACGGCGGUAAAGUAGUUUAUUCCUGACAUAUAAUUGACUUAGACUUAGUAAAACAUUAUAUUCAAACAUUUAAACAUGCAGUAUUAUGUAGUAAAAUUAGAGUAUAAUAACAUGGAAUUGUGAGACUAGACUUACGAAAAUAUAACAUUAUUUAAU